AUGACUAAACCCAGGAUUGACUUUUAUUUCGAUGUGGUGUCGCCAUAUAGUUGGAUUGGUUUUGAGGUCCUCCAAAAACUGGAACCGAAAUGGAAAGAUGUUAGCAUCCACUAUAUUCCAUUCUCCCUUCGCCAAGUAAUGGUUACUUCCGGAAAUCGUCCCCCAGCAAUGCUUCCAGCCAGAUCCAUCAUGUUGAUGCUUGAUGUUCAACGCACUUCGAAAUUCUGGGACAUUCCUCUGAAUGUACCCCCAGAAUUCAAAAAAUGGAUUAUGAAGUACAGUACCGUUGGUGCCAUGAAGCUCUUGUUGGUUUUGGAAAAGCAGGAUCCGGACCUUAUGCUUCGGGCAGCUCGGGAAAUGUGGAUGAGAUUAUGGUUGAGAAGUGAAAAAAUAUUCGAGGACCAGGAUUAUAUGGAGGUGUUGAAAGUGGUGGGAGUGAAGAAUCCAGAAGAAAUCAUCAAGAAGAGUAAGGAGGAAAAAUAUGAAAAAAUUCUAGAAGAGAAUACCAACAAAGCAUUGGACACUAAUGCUUAUGGAGCGCCAUGGAUCAAUGUCACCACUUCCGAUGGCGAAGAGCAUUCGUUUUUUGGAUCCGAUCGUUUCAAUUUGAUUGCUGAUCUGCUUGGACAGCCACAACCUCUUCCAGAUAAAUAUUCAAACUCGAAAUUGUGA